AUGGGGAAAUAUCCUUCACAGUUUCUCAACACCUCAACAAACUUUGCAACGCUCCUGUCAGGAUGUGCUUUUCUUUCACUGGCCAUUUCCAUGCCUGUUCUGUUCACCAUAAUGAAUAGUAUCGAAGAGGAGCUGAUAGAAUCGCGGGAAGUCUUCAGUGAAAUGUCGAACGUGAUGUGGAAAGAUUUGAUGAGUGAAAGUGACAUGCUUCGCAGGACAUCCCGUCAAGCAUGUACGUCUCUGCACUUCCAAGCUAUAAUAGCUGUCGCGCUGUAUGCCCGUAUUCAUCUGUAUUUUUUAGAUAGGCAAGAUGCUGGAUCGGUUAGCGGAAGCGGAUCCUCGAAUAAUGGCGCUAAUGGAGGAGCAACACAGUCUGCAUCGACACAGAGUGGUACUAACGGUGGAGCAGGAGGAGGAACAGGAGCUGAUGUUAACGGUGAUGCAGGUGUGAUUGGAGCUCAGGGUCACGGCGCAGCUAAUGGAAUUGGCGGGGCAAACAACUGUCCAGCCGGACCGAAGGGCACGAAAGGAGCUCCUGGAAGCAAAGGAUUUGAUGGUAUUCCCGGAGUUCCUGGAGUGCCAGGAAAAUCUGGAGUGGCAAGAGGUGCCCUGUCUGAUGUAGACUGUUCUCCAUGUCCUAGAGGCCCACCUGGUCAGCCAGGAUACAAAGGAAAACGUGGUGCACGUGGACCAAAGGGUGAGAAAGGUCCACAGGGAAAGCCUGGAGACAACGGAGCUCCUGGUGAUGAAGGCCCGGAUGGUUUACCCGGUCUUCCUGGAGCUAUUGGUGCAACCGGAGAAAGAGGAGCUCCUGGAAAUGAUGCUCGCGGUACCGCAAAAGGUCCACCAGGGCCUCAAGGAGAAAUGGGACCAGCAGGAAUGCCAGGUGACGAAGGACUCCCAGGAGAGCGUGGAGACGACGCUUUGGCUGGGCCACAGGGACCUCCUGGACCGAUUGGAGCACCCGGUGAAGUCGGUCCAGUCGGUUUACCAGGUCUUCCUGGUCGUGCUGGUAGGACUGGCGCUGAUGCUGAAUACUGCCCUUGUCCGGAUCGAUCGAAAAAACCAUCCUAUGCACUACCGAAAAGUGAAGACAAGUACAGAGAAACUGCACCUGGAGGUGUGUCUGUCGCUGCAUCUGGUCAACUGGUGAGCGAAGCACAGCCGAGUUCAAAAUUCAGUACAGGAACAGGUAAUAUAAAUGGAACUUACAUGUGA